UAUUUCCUGAUUCAGACUCGCUCCGACAAAGUGAAAGUGGGGCAGGAUUGGGGCAUUUUUGGCAAUAUUACCCCUUCUGAGAAGCCCCUUUCGCCCGAUUCUGUACCAGCCGGCACCCUUGGAGUUAGCUGUUCAUCUGAUACCCCAGCAGGAUUGUACUUUCUGCUAUCAGUGGCAUUUCCAGCAAGGACUCAUGAAGCCCCCGGCUCUGGCGCAUGGUUAUGAGCCUUAGAGUACCGGAGCUGCCGGUUCUGUUGGGUUUUGCCGGCCGGAAUAAGACUGGAAGGAGGCAGGAGAUCGUCGCCGGGGCUCUCCCACUCGCUAAGUCGGGCUGCGAUCCGGCCGUCCAGAUGAAGAUCAAAGAACUGUAUCGGAGGAGGUAUCCGCGCAAGAUCCUCAACACCGCCGGCUUGCCGAUGUUACAUGUACAGGGAGGUGCGCUGACCACCGCCAACUCGCUGGCGCAAGGAACGGUGUGCCACCUGCCCUACGACACCAGCCCAACCUCAACCACCGUGCCCGCCGCCAUGCUGCCUCCGCUUCCCGUGCUGGGCCCGAAGCACGAGGCUGAAAUCCAGCACGUCUCCCCGGCGGCCCACCCGCUGCACCCGGACGUCAAGAUGAAGCGGCUGCCCUUUUACGACGUCUACGAUGAGCUUAUCAAGCCCACCACGUUGGCCUCCACAAACACCCAGCGCUUCGAAGAGGCGCACUUCAGCUUUGCGCUGACCCCGCAGCAAGUCCACCAGAUCCUCACCUCCAGAGAUAUCUUGCCGGGAGCCAAGUGCGAUUACACGGUCCAAGUUCAACUCAGGUUCUGCCUGUGCGAGACCAGCUGUCCGCAGGAAGACUAUUUCCCCCCCAACCUGUUUGUGAAAGUGAAUGGAAAGCUCUGCCCUUUGCCUGGUUACUUACCACCCACGAAGAACGGAGCCGAGCCGAAGCGUCCCAGCAGACCGAUCAACAUCUCUCCGCUCAUCCGACUCACGUCCACUGCGCCCAAUGCCAUCGUGGUGAAUUGGUCCUCUGAAUUUGGCAGGAAUUACUCUCUGUCCCUGUACCUGGUGAAGCAGCUGACGUCCGUAACGUUACUGCAGAAACUCCGAGCCAAGGGGAUCCGUAACCCGGACCAUUCCAGAGCUCUGAUAAAAGAAAAGCUGACGGCGGAUCCCGACAGCGAGAUUGCGACCACCAGCCUACGCGUUUCUCUGAUGUGCCCACUUGGUAAAAUGCGCCUGACCGUGCCAUGUCGAGCUGUCACUUGCACUCACCUCCAAUGCUUUGACGCUGCGCUCUACCUUCAAAUGAAUGAGAAGAAACCGACGUGGACGUGUCCCGUGUGCGACAAGAAGGCUCCGUACGACCUGCUGAUCAUCGAUGGUCUCUUCAUGGACAUCCUUAACUCCUGCACAGACUGUGAUGAGAUCCAGUUCAUGGAGGACGGGUCCUGGUGUCCCAUGAAACAAAAAAAAGAGAAGCAGGACCUGUGCAGCAGCGUUGAAGCGAGUACAAACUACAGCAUGGGCUUGGACAUUAAACUGCCCACAGAGACCAAGAAGAAAGUGGAGGUCAUUGAUUUGACUUUGGACAGUUCGUCGGAUGAAGAGGAACCGCCGUCCAAAAAGCAGUGCCCUGUGACGUCGGUUUUAAUCCCCUCGCCUGAUGGACCCAAAGGGGUGAUCAGUGUGGACCACCAGCCGUCAUCUGUCCUGAGGAGUCCUCCCAUGGCAACGAUGGGCAGUGAUUAUUUGACGGGUCUCCCCAUUCCAGAUUACCAUCGUUCCUAUGCAGUACCUACUGAUAUCCAAGCUGGGUUGGAUUUAUUUUCAUUCCUCCAGACGACUGAAAAUCAGCAUUACAGUCCCUCUGUCAUCACUUCAUUGGAUGAACAAGACGCGUUGAGUCACUUCUUCCAGUACCGAGCUGGACCGCCGCGUUUUAUGAGUCCGCUAACCCAAGCGAUCACCAGCUCUCACGUUGUGCCCAACACCGCCAGUCGCAUCAGCAGCAUCGUGUCCACCAACACCAUGCGAGAAAGCCAUAACGGGUCGCAGAACGCCACAUCCUCGAUGCCAGGGUGCCGGCCGGACAUCAUAUCUUUGGACUGACCGCGCUGAGAAUGGGCAGUAGAAAAAGAAGCAAAGCCAAGCGGA